AUGCUCAAAAUUCAGAAAAAGAAGAACAAGUUUAGUUUCAGAACACACUAAUGAAGUUCUUCAUGGCUGCAAAGGUUCAGCCUUGGAUAGUUUUCAGUUUCUCUCUCUCCUUUCUGUUCUUCUUCUCUUCAAUUCCUCAAUGUUCAUGUCAAUUUGAUUCUCCUCAGAACAUUCAAACUUUCUAUCCAUUUCCUCUUCCACCAAUCGGGUUAACACCCAAUUCUAGUUACGACAAUCAACCACCACCAACUCCGACACAACCACCGCCUCCACCACCGCCAUCACCACCAGCAAAGUCAUCAUCUAAGAAAGCUGUUGGUACUGCGGUUGGUAUAACCGCGGCAGUCACUCUAGUUCUGUCAGGGAUGUUCUUCUUUAUUUUACUCCAUCAUAGGUCCAAACGUCGUAAGAGGGAGCAACCACCAUAUAUUAAUCCUUAUUCCCAUGAAGCUAAUAAUCCUGUGGUGGUGCCUCGCGAUGAAUUUACGCGAUUCAAUGGUAAUAUAAAGGGUGUGAUUGUUGAUGAGGAAGGUUUGGACGUGCUUUAUUGGAGAAAACUAGAAGGUGGAAAGUUCAAGAAUAGUUUUAAGAAAGAGGUGUUUAAGGAUAGAAAAGUUGAAGAAAAGGAAGAAGAAAAACAGGUGAUUAGUAGAGUGGAUAGUAGACAGAAGAAAUCUAAAGGGCCUGUCCAAGAAAUUCCUUUGCUUAGAGGCAAGUCUUCAACGUCUCACAGUCCAUCUUGGAAUGGAUUGGAAAAGCCUAAUCAAGUUGAAUCAACAAAAGCUUCUGCAGAAACUGUUCUUAGUGCCCUGGAAAAACAAAAAUCAUCGGUUCAAACAUCAUCACGUUCGCCUCCACCAACGCCGCCAUCACCUCCUCCUCCUCCUCCUCCACCGCCUUUGCCUCUUAUGGCAAUUCCGAAGAUGCAAAGUCCGGCACCACCACCUCCUCCUCCAAUUCCAGGAAAGAAAAGUCAUGCACCACCACCUCCACCACCUAAGGCUGGUGGUGGAUUGCCAUCAUCAUUAUCAAAGCCAACCCCAGCGCCAAAAGGAAUGCUGAGUGAAAGUAAACGAGGCGAGUCUUCGUUAGGAGAUGCCAUGGCAAGAAGCGGAAAGGAUCAGAUCAAACUGAAGCCCCUGCAUUGGGAUAAAGUGAAUCCCAAUGUUGAUCAUUCGAUGGUCUGGGACAAAAUCGAUGGUGGCUCUUUCAAGUUUGAUGGUGAUCUUAUGGAAGCUCUCUUCGGUUAUGUCGCUACCAACAGAAAAUCCCCGCGAAAAGAGAGCAAUUCAUCGAGUCCAAAAAGUGAAAGAUCAGGUCCACCCUCUCAGAUUUUCAUCCUCGACACAAGGAAGUCCCAAAACACAGCAAUUGUGCUCCGUUCUCUAGCCAUUUCUCGAAAAGAGAUCAUCGAUGCACUCAUUGAAGGCCAAGGUCUAAAUGCAGACACUCUUGAGAAGCUCACUAAAAUAGCCCUUACCAAAGAAGAAGAAACAGAAAUCCUUGCAUUUGAUGGAGACCCCACAAGACUAGCAGAUGCAGAGUCCUUCCUCUAUCACCUUCUCAAAGCUGUUCCAUCUGCGUUUACUCGAUUCAAUGCCAUGCUUUUCAGAUCAAAUUAUGAUUCAGAGAUUCUCCACCUCAAGGAAUAUUUACAAACACUUGAAUUGGCUUGCAAGGAGCUUCGAACUCGUGGCCUGUUCUUGAAACUUUUGGAAGCAAUCCUCAAGGCUGGUAAUCACAUGAAUGCAGGAACCUCAAGAGGCAAUGCACAAGCUUUCAAUCUCACUGCCCUCCGAAAGCUGUCUGAUGUUAGAAGCACUGAAGGAAAAACUACAUUGCUUCACUUCGUCGUGGAAGAAGUAGUCCGGUCAGAGGGGAAACGUUGUGCUCUCAAUAGAAAUCGUAGCUUGAGUCGUAACAGCAGCAAAAGCAGCAAUAGUGGGAACCUAAGUUCGGCCAAUUUAUUGAAAGAGGAGAGAGAAAAAGAAUACAAAAUGCUUGGUUUACCUAUAGUAGGAGGCCUAAGUGCUGAAUUUUCCAAUGUGAAGAAAGCAGCCACAAUAGACUACGAUAGCCUCGCCCAAACGUGCUCAGUGUUAGGUGCCAGAGUUGCAGAAAUGAAGAAACUUGUGCUGCAACCUGCCCCUGGCGAAGGAGGAGGAUUUGUAAGAGAGAUGAAAGGCUUUCUCAACUCUGCUGAGAGUGAAAUAAAAGCAGUGAGAGAAGAGCAAACAAGGGUGAUGGAGCUUGUAAAGAGAACAACAGACUAUUAUCAAGCAGGAGCCUCUAAGGAUAAAGGGACACAAUCACUUCAACUCUUUGUGAUUGUUAAAGAUUUUCUAGGAAUGGUUGAUCAGGCUUGUGUUGAUAUUGCUAGAAAUCUGCAGACGAGGAAGACAGCAUCCCCAGCUGCUGGAUCAUCAUCCUCAAAGUCACCGACUUCUCGGGCCUCGAUGAAAUUUCCAAAAUUGCCAAAAAAUUUCAUGUCAGAUAAUCUGAAGAGCAGUUCUAGUGAUUCAGGUGAUGAGUUCUGAGGAAACACAACCGGGGAUUGGGAUGUAAAUAGGCGAAAAGGCAUGCUGGAAUGCUGUUUAACUGUUUAAUUGAUUCUUUAAAUGUCAGAUUCUUUUCAAAAUGUGAGUAAGUUUUCGUUGUUUACAUUGAACUUUUCAUUUUGCUGAUAUGAAUUUUUCUCUUUCCAACGAACCAUUGAAUGCAGGGAUCCA